AAACCCUAUCAUUACUUUUCACCUGCCCGUGCAACAUUAGGACUUGGUCUGUUCGCAUCUCCGUGCGCAGGACCUCAUCAUCCACUCGCUCAGUCGCAGCAAGCAUCCGCCGCACAUAGUCAACCGAGGCGCACUCCGCCUUCCUAGCCCUGCAUAAGCCUUCAGGGCUGCAGGCCAUGUCAAGUGGGUAAUCGUGAGGCAGAGUUGCCAUGCUUCGAUCAGCUUGAAGGGGCUGCAGUCGGCGCUUCAAUCCCCUCUCAAUCAAAUUACACUCCGAGAUUAACCAGCCCAGGGCGAGCAAGAAAUGCCUACUAUUACUGGUGUCAGCGUGCAGCAAGAAAAACGGUGAGUGCGGGGAAUAACCCCAGAGCGCCAAAUGAAAUUUCACAACUGCUAAGUUGUUGUCACCAUCGUAUUCAUCCUCACAAACGAUCCUCGAUAUCGAUGAUGCUACUUCUUUCAACCGCAGUUCUUUCUGUGACUUCGCAGUGGUCGAUGCAUUCGAGCACCUAAGGAUUAUGGAACUCGAUUGCGACCGAGCUAUUUUCUUUGCAACAUCCUUCUCGGCAGGGAAACCUGCAAUGCGUAGAGUGAUAAUGUCGUGCAACGCGCGCAGCAAGUAUCCGGGCGACUCCAAUUUGUUGAACUUUGCCAACCUCAGAUUCUCGGGAGCGAUGCCCCUCACUCCCAAAUCUGUAAUCAAUUCGGAAACAUAUCUCAUGCUCUUUUUGACCGAAACUUUCCGCUCAUUCUGUACCUUGCUCUCCAUGUUCGCGAGGACAGUGUUCUUUCCCCUGCUAAUUUCACAAGCAUGGAUUUCAAGAUUGAAAAUAGACGAACGUGUUGCAGCCCAGAAUUCAUGCUCAAUACGUGGCAUAAAAGUGAAGAUUCACGAUUUUCCAUCUUGGCAGUUGUGAUCCGGUUGGAUUUUCUUGUCGAGUGAAUCAUUUCACUUCCAUAUCCGACGAAGAGACAUGCAAUUUCUUCAUCGUUGAGAAGACGGGGCGGAGCUCCUAAGUUCAUUCUGAGACUAUCUCAUCCAUGAGUACUCGGGCCGUAGGGAGAAAAUCCUCAACAAACGAGCUCUAGUGUUCAACGAUCCUCAAACAUGAUACAGCUGACGUGAUGACAACAUAGUCUGCGGGGAAGUUUUGGACUCUGCAAUAGCGUUCUACAAGACUGCCCCCUUUUACAUGCAAUCCUUCUUUUCCACUGCUUUUCCAGGGCUACUCUUUCACUGCUGCAAUCUCACACCCCCGAGACGAAGCGCCCAUAUUCUGCAUUGUCAGUGAGCAGAGGAUCUGAUGGUGUGUGCGCUUCUCGUGAAAACUCCAUCGAAUGCAGGAUUUACUUGUCCGACUGACGAGUUUUGAUUUCUGACUAUUUAGGUAGCAAUCGAAAGGAGGGGGUUAAGUUAGGUUAAUCCAGACAACUUACAAUAUUCUCAGUUCAACUGGAAUGGUGAUCACCGUAAGUUGCGAAGUUCCUUACAUUGAUUGCGACGAUACUAUACACACUAGAGCCAUGACAUCACCGCCAGCAGCACUAACUCGAGAACCGCUUUCCAGGCUUUGCUUCCGCCAGUCGCCUCAAAUGUCGCUCUCAUUCGCUCGAGGAUUAGAUUCGUAUCUGUUUAAUUUAUCCAUUGUAAGAUGCGCUUCACGGGGAAGGUGCGCCUACGAGUGUGAAAGCGUCUUAUCUUGGGUUCCUUCGACUAAUAUGACGUUCAGAAGCUGGCGACUGUGCUGUAAAUGUGAUGUAAUCCUGUCUCACGUGCAUUCAAAUUGUGCAUUGAGUUUAGUAGAUUCAAUUCGGCUCCAGUAACCGUUCGACGAAAUAGGGUCUCUUGUGUUUUGAACGCAUAACAUGCAAGAGAACCCGUCAAUUGGGUUCGUAAAGUCUCUGCUUCGUCUGAUGAGUAAAUGUACGUGAUUAUUGUAAGUUAAUGCAACCAUGUCCAGCCCAGGAAGAAAAAUCUCGCAGGCGUUCCUACAAGAUCUAAUACUGCACCUAUUCGAAUGUUUAAGUAAUUAUGGUUCCAAAAGGGGCAAUGCGACAGCAUGGAGCCGCCCCAGUGACCUCCACCACCUUCGCAACGCCAGCAUUCAUAACAUUCCCUAGUCUUAUUCUUCGUCAACUAGGGGAUAGCAUAAGCUUCCAUCCCAACAUGGAUACCUCGUCUGGCAAUGGCAAUGGCCCUGAGAAGCAAGAGACUACCCCCCAGGUCCCAACACUGCAGAGCUUGGAAGAGCCGCGACGACUCGCUAAACCUGCUAAACCCUCAACCGGCUUGACAGACACUCUAGUGUGGUGGGAUAUCGAGAAUUGCCCUCAUCAUUCUGCACCUUCACCAUCCACCGGCGAGGUAGUCAAAACCAAUUGCUUGAUACGAGAGCUCCAGAGCCACCAAAAUUGCGACCAAAUUCGUGUCACAAUCAACAUUUACGGAAACGACGGACCAGACUUGAAGUCCGGGCUGGGCUCCCUCGUUGCCAGCGGCAUCACCUUGCAGCACCGCAUCUUGCCCUGCAAACUCCCAAGAUCAGAGACAGCAGCUCUGAAGACAAUGAUGGUGGACAUCGCCUUGUGGGCACUCAGCAAUCCCGCCUCCUCCAAUAUCUUCCUCAUCUUCGCUGCCCGAGACACUUUCUUCCGAGACCUCGUCACCGGAUUGCACAUCAGAGAAUACAAUAUCCAUCUCGCUACCAAGUUCUUCUGGAGUACAACUGCCAACACAAUCUUCGAGUUAAAUGGGUUCAAUCCCAUCCCCUGCCAUUGGAGUGCGUCCCGGGAGCACCUCUUCGUGGUCCGAACUGCCCCAUCUCGCCGAUCCCAUUCCUUCAGAGGCUUUUCCUCUGAACAAGCCCAGGAAUCUUCAUGUCAGCUGAACAACAGAAAAAAAGAUGGGUUGGAUAUGCGGCUUCACAGCUUCUUCUUCUCCUUCUUCUACAUCUUCUGCUUCGUGAUGGUUUAGAGUUAAGAUUCCAGUGACUCGCAGCUUGCUUGCAUUUCCUACCUUGGCAAAAGAUUUUCAACAUCUUAGACUGAAAACUCUGAAACACCUAGACUCUGAAAACUCUGUGAAAGCUGUGCUUUUUCGACCUCAUGCUGAAUCGGGUCGCAUUUUGGUGGGUAUCCUCGUGUAGCCUGUUUGUACCGGAACAACUUGUCGUGGUUAUGCUGUUGAUCAGAUGAAGGGAAUGAUUAUUUACCUGGUAGUUUGUUGCUCAGCGUUUGUGCUUGCUCACAAUUUUGCCAGCGAAGGAAUCAAAUGUGGACGGAGUUUCCGAUGCAACGCAGCUUUGAAUUCAGUAUUUUACCCAUGUGAGGAUUUAGUUUUGAAGUGGUGAUAAGGGUAAAACCAUGAUCAGAUGUGGUUGAAUUGAUGCAUUGCUACAAGGUUUGUUUCUUUCUGGAUGUGUCGAUUAUGUUUGAUUUGCAAGGUCAUGUUUGAAUUGAGAGAAUAGUUGUUGUGUGAUAUUAAAGAGAUGUAUAUAAGAGCAAACAUAAUAUGAACUUUUUGUGAAUUCUUUUUCAUCUUUUCAGCGUGAAAUUUCACUUGGUAUUAUGUGUCUAACAA